GGCAGCUCCGAAUUACCUCCUCCUCUCCCACCUCAUCAUCGCCUUCCUCCACGGUGCCGGCCAGCCAGGACGUACACGCCGGACACGACGUGACAGCCACCCCGAACACACACACACACACACACACACACGACCGCCGGUCUCGUCGCAGCGCAGAGAAGCCGCAGGUUUGAUCGUUCGCCGAUGACCACCUCGUCGUCAGGGAGCAUCGAAGCACCGGCGGCGAGCUCGAGGCCCGGCUCGUUCUCGUUCGCGAGCACGAGCUUCACGGACAUGCUGGGAGGAUCCGCGGAUGCGGCGGCCGGCGGGGCGUCGAGGUACAAGGCCAUGACCCCGCCGUCCCUGCCGCUGACGCCGUCGUCCUUCUUCAGCAACAUCCCCGGCGGCCUCAACCCCGCCGACUUCCUCGACUCGCCGGCCCUCUUGAGCUCCAGUAUCUUCCCCUCGCCGACGACGAACGCAUUCGCGUCGCAGCAGUUCAGCUGGCUGACGACGCCGGGCGCGGAGCAAGGCGUCAAGGAGGAGCAGAGGCAGUCCUACCCGGACUUCUCGUUCCAGACAGCGCCGACGACCCAAGAGGCCGUGCGGACGACGACGACCUUCCAGCCACCGAUUCCAGCGGCCCCACUGGGUGAAGAGGCGUAUAGAAGUCAGCAGCAGCAGCAGCAGCCAUGGGGCUACCAGCAGCAGCAGCAGCAGCCUGCAGGCAUGGACGCGGGAUCCAGCCAGGCUGCCUACGGCGGGGCGUUCCAGGCAGGCUCGUCGGACGCCGGCGCGAUGGCGCCGCACGUGCCGGCGAGCGGCGGGUACAGCCACCAGGCGCAGAGGCGGUCGUCGGACGACGGGUACAACUGGCGCAAGUACGGGCAGAAGCAGGUGAAGGGGAGCGAGAACCCGCGCAGCUACUACAAGUGCACCUUCCCGAGCUGCCCCACCAAGAAGAAGGUGGAGCGGUCGCUGGACGGCCAGAUCACCGAGAUCGUGUACAAGGGCACGCACAACCACGCCAAGCCGCAGAACACGCGCAGGAACUCCGGCGCCGCCGCGCAGCUGCUGCAGGGCGGCGACGCGUCCGAGCACUCGUUCGGCGGCACGCCCGUCGCCACGCCCGAGAACUCCUCGGCGUCGUUCGGGGACGACGAGGUCGGCGUGGGCUCGCCGCGCGCCGCCAACGCCGCCGGCGACGAGUUCGACGAGGACGAGCCGGAUUCCAAGAGAUGGAGGAAAGACGGUGACGGCGAGGGUAUCUCCAUGGCCGGCAACCGGACGGUGCGUGAGCCGAGGGUCGUUGUCCAGACCAUGAGCGACAUCGACAUCCUCGAUGACGGCUAUCGGUGGAGGAAGUACGGGCAGAAGGUGGUGAAGGGAAAUCCAAACCCAAGGAGCUACUACAAGUGCACGACGGCCGGGUGCCCGGUGCGCAAGCAUGUGGAGCGCGCGUCGCACGACCUGCGCGCCGUGAUCACCACGUACGAGGGCAAGCACAACCACGACGUGCCCGCGGCGCGUGGCAGCGCCGCACUCUACCGGCCCGCGCCUCCGCCGCCGCCGUCCGCGGACAACGCCGGCCACUACCUCGCGGCGCAGCCGGGCAUGGCGUACCAGACGGGGCAGCAGCAGUACGGGUUCGGCGGUCAGGGCUCGUUCGGCCUCAGCGGCGGCGCCGGCGCGCCGGCGCAGAGCAGCGGCAGCUUCGCGUUCUCCUCCGCCGGGUUCGACAACCCGAUGGGUUCGUACAUGAGCCAGCACCAGCAGCAGCAGAGGCAGAACGACGCCAUGCACGCGUCGAGGGCCAAGGAGGAGCCCCGUGACGACAUGUCGUUUUUCCCGCAGUCGAUGCUCUACACUGACUGAAGGACUGCAUCUGCAGAACAUGGCAAGACUACAUGACGUGAUGUCCAUAAAACUGUUUCUUUGCAUAGGGUUGUUGUUGUUGUUGUGUCUAGGAUAGGGUUGAACAAAUUUCUUUAUUUGUUUGGAGGCCCCCUCCAUGUUGGCAGAGACAUGCUUGCCGCAAGGGUGCCUCCCCUUAACAGGUGGAAGGGGAAACAAAGGAUUUAGGAUACUAGAGUCUAGGACACAUGGCAAUUAGACAAAAGGGUAAAGAAGUUUUGUUACUCAUUAUUUGUUUUCACACACAUGAAAACUGCUGUAGUCAAAAUUGAACUGAAUUUUGUGUCAUAGAGCAUUUAUCAAGAUUCAAACUGGUCCGUCUCUGGUA